AUGGGACCCUCUUCAGGCUCCUGCUCCCACACCUGGAAACAUUGGGCCCUCCUCCCACUUCUUCUGACCACCUGUGCAGGGUCUCUCAUGGCAGAUGACUCCAGGGUACUGGGGGCAGAGCCCUGUGAACCUAAUUCUCAGCCCUGGCAAGCUGCCUUGUUCCAGGGUGUGCGGCUCUUCUGUGGCGCAGUCCUGGUGGCCCCUCAGUGGGUACUCACAGCAGCCCACUGUCAAAAACCGCAGUACACAGUCCACCUUGGAGAGCAGAGUCUGCAAAAACCAGAUGGUUCUGAGCAAGAGAUCAAGGUGGCUCGAUCAGUCCCACAUCCUUGCUACAAUGAAUCCAAUGGCAACAGCCACGACCUGAUGCUGCUCAGACUUCAGAAACCAGCCAAUGUGAACAGCCAAGUGAAGCCCAUUGGACUUCCCUCCCACUGCCCUCAGCCUGCCCAGAAAUGCCUUGUAUCGGGUUGGGGUACCACCACCAGCCCCCGAGGUACUUCUCCAGGAGGAGGGAUGAUAGGAUAA